UGUAACGGUGAUGAGGUGGGGGAGCGGGGCUGUGCUUUGCGACUAAACACUGAGUGAAGAGCCGCGGCCAUGGCUGGGGUUUUCGACAUCGAUUUGGAUCAACCGGAUGAGAAUGUCUCUGACGACGAACUUGAAGACGGGGGCCAGCUCAGUGAAUAUAUGGACCAAUGCAGUGGCUUUGAAUUUAACAUGGAUGACUGUGAGAAGUUUGAAAUUUCAGAGGACAGCGUGAACAAGGGAACAGAGCAGAUCAGGCCUGAAUGCUUUGAGCUGCUGAAGGUUUUGGGGAAAGGUGGCUAUGGAAAGGUGUUUCAAGUUCGGAAGGUAUCAGGCGCCACAUCUGGGAAGAUAUUUGCUAUGAAAGUGUUGAAGAAGGCCAUGAUUGUGCGUAACGCAAAGGACACAGCACACACCAAAGCCGAGAGGAACAUUCUGGAGGAGGUGAAGCAUCCUUUCAUCGUGGACCUCAUCUACGCCUUCCAGACAGGGGGGAAGUUGUACCUCAUCCUGGAGUACCUUAGCGGUGGAGAGCUGUUUAUGCAACUGGAAAGAGAGGGCAUCUUCAUGGAAGACACUGCAUGUUUCUACCUGGCUGAGAUCUCAAUGGCGCUUGGUCACUUGCACCAGAAAGGCAUCAUCUACAGGGACCUGAAGCCUGAGAACAUCAUGCUCAACAACAAUGGACAUGUAAAGUUGACAGACUUCGGUCUAUGCAAAGAGUCCAUCCAUGACGGAACGGUCACCCACACCUUCUGUGGCACUAUCGAAUACAUGGCUCCAGAGAUCCUAAUGAGGAGCGGACAUAACCGUGCAGUGGACUGGUGGAGUUUGGGAGCUCUCAUGUAUGACAUGCUGACAGGAGCACCUCCAUUCACUGGUGAAAACCGAAAGAAGACCAUCGACAAAAUCUUGAAAUGCAAACUCAGCCUUCCACCUUACCUCACACAAGAAGCCAGGGACCUCCUGAAAAAGCUGCUGAAACGUAAUGCCUCAUCGCGACUCGGGGCUGGACCAGGGGAUGCUGCUGAAGUCCAGGCCCACCCAUUCUUCCGACAUAUAAAUUGGGAGGAUCUCCUCGCUCGCAAAGUAGAGCCCCCGUUUAAACCUUUCUUGCAAUCGGCUGAUGACGUCAGCCAGUUUGACUCCAAGUUCACCAGCCAGACUCCAGUGGACAGCCCUGACGACUCCACGCUCAGCGAAAGUGCCAAUCAAGUCUUCCUGGGUUUCACAUAUGUGGCCCCAUCUGUGCUGGAAAAUGUCAAAGAGAAAUUCUCUUUCGAGCCAAAGGUCCGCUCACCACGGAAGUUCCCAGGAAGCCCGAAAACACCUGUGAGUCCGGUGAAGUUUGCAGGUGGGGGCUGCUGGCCCCGGGGAUCCACAGGCUGCCCAUCCCUGCUGUCUGCCGGCAGCUCUGUAGAGCAACCCAUGGAGAUGUCAACAGUGGAGCAAAUGGACACAAGCAGCAGCAGCAACUCCGAGGCCUCAGCGCCACUUCCCAUCAAGCACCCUUCAGGCAUCAACGCAGGACCCUACAAAAAACAGGCCUACCCCAUGAACUCCAAGCGGCCCGAACAUCUCCGGAUGAACCUAUGACGCACGGCUAGCGUACAAAACAUUAGGACUCUUCCAAUUCCUCCUCCUUCCUUUUUAUCAUUUCCUUUCAAAGAGACUCGUAGAAUUUUUUUUUUUUAAAGAAAGUGACUGACACUGUCAAUGCCGAUCACCAGCUCUUCCAGCAGCGCCUUUCCUUCUCUUCUCUUGGCCUCCCAAAAUCCUCCUGACCCAGCCUGGCAUCCUCAGCCUGCCGCAGAUAAUCAGUGAAGUACAGUAGAUAUCUGGUCAUUGGGAGAGAUGAUGUGAGAGAAAGUGUACCUGCUCGUUGGCUGUUUUAUGCCAGCUGACGAGCGGGCCGAUGCUAAACUGGCAUUAUUAUGAUUUACUGGUGCUCUUUUAUUCUCAAGUCUGGAUAAUGUUACUUCUAGUUCUUACGACUAGUUGCUUUCAUCGUAUUGAGUGGGAUGAUUGUGUGAGGUGUACACUAAGAUUUUGGUUACAAGGGGUGUGUGUUGCCCCCUCAAAAUGCCAGGCAUUUUCUCUCUUUUUUUGUUUUAAUGAUCACUUAGUGAUAAGAACCUGCAGGCCACACUGUCAGAAGGUAGAUUUCUUGGAUAAUAAUCCACAAUGAACACAGUAUUCCUUCAUGUUUUUGAGGAAAAUAAUCACAUUGCCUUUGUCACUGGAGUGUGUGGUCAGGAGUAGGCGGAGCACGACUUGAGAAGAAGCAGCUAUAAAAAGAUGGAAGUGAAACUUCAGCUGAAAGCAUCACUUUACCACAAUCAAUACCAAAAUGCUGGCACUGCUUUACUUCUCCAACUGGAAUGCUUUCCAUAGCAAGCCUAUCCAGAAGCACCAUUCAGUUUCUUUGUGUUGAAUGUCAACAGACUCCAAAAGCCUUUUUUUUGUGUGUGUGUGUGUCUCUUAAAUCUCCCGCGCUCACUUCUGACGACGCCCGGCAGCAUUAUUUUUUUAACUCGCGUGGCCUUGUUGCCAUGGUCACAGAUGGAAACUGAAAAACAUGACGAGACAAGAUGACCCACAACACGCUCAGCCAAGUUGAUAUCACUGCCUUUUAUUCAUUCAGGCUGCAUUGAUGUACUUUGUGCUUUGCGCAUGCUUUAUGGUGCAUUGACAGUAACAGGGCUCUCAGUGUUAGGGGGAUGAAUGCAGACUUAAAUGAGCGGACCAUGUACAAAAUCCUGUUUGAAUUGAAGGUGUAUGUCUUGUUUAUGUGAUUUCAAGCUGCUAUUUGAGCCUCUGGGAGUCAAGCCAUCUCUUGCCCUGAAGCUGACCACACCGCCGGAUGCAGAUUCCCAUGACGCUAAUUGAAAAUGGAAUGAAAGAAAAUUUGCCUCAGUAUGAAUGGCUCCAGUAUUUGUUACCCGCUUGUUGUUAAACGAAACGACCAAAAUCACUGUUUUAAAGAACCAAAUUUUUUUUUAUUAUUAUUGGUUAACACACCCUGGAAAAAGAAAAAAUGGAGAUGUGUUACUGUUUUUUGUAAGAACUGCACGGUUGAGACGACCACAUUUAGUUCACUUUGUUGUAUUAAUACUGACUUCCACAACAGUGACGUUAACAGACAUUGUCACAUGUUCCUGUAAGUUACUACUUCGGUUUUUCAUAUGGAUGAAAUUGAUUGAUUUUCUUCUUCUACCACUCUGGUACAUCAACUGUGUUUAAUACACUCCACUUGUUACUCCGCUUACUUUGCGUAUUUGUGACAAUAUUUAUUUCAAGUGCCAUUGUUUCUCCACUGCAUUGUUCACACUAUGCAAGCUAUGUAUUUAUUAUGUAGUAUUCUUUAGAUAAGGCAGCAGAAUGUGUGAUUUAUUUGAUUUGAAAUUCUCGUCAGACUUAUUUUGUCAUAAUAAUAUUAAUAAUAAUAAUACUAAGCAUGUACAGUAUGAUUUUAUUUCCACAGAACAUGUCUUACAGUAACCUCAGAUGCAGCUUUUUUUUCCUUUUUUAUUCCGAAAUCGAGGAGGGUGACCUAAAAUGUCUUACAGUAUUUAUUGUGUGGCAUAGUAUCAUAUUCAAGGGUGAAUUUCCAGAAGAGGGAGGAGAAAAAAAAGAACGUUUUGAUAUCUUAAGACUUUCCUUGCUGAAAACUUGAACUCAGUUUGUCUUUUUGCAGUGCUUGGUGCAAGGGCAGUAUAUUAAGAAAUGAUGCAAAAACCAAUGGGAAUGGCAUUGUGCCUUUGCUGACAGUAUAGUGUGUAUGUACAGUAUGCUGUAUAUUGUAAAUGUGUGUGGAAGUGGCGAGGAGUGACCCGUAAGUUUCACUUCCUGUUAUGUUUCUGAAGGAUGUUCUUUUCUUAGCUUCACCAAUUUAUUAAUAUGAUCCAAGCAUGAUCAUUUGACUCUCAGUGGAGUCUAUGAGUUGUGGGAAACUUAGAGAUACAUUUAGCCUCUGUUCAGGUAUGCCUGUGUUCAGUACAUUGUGUGGAGUUCGAACAAGCAUUGUCCCCACCGAGAUGUUUGAGAACAACCAUCUUAUCAAGUUUACUUGAGGUGGAAAACAUCAUCUCUGAGGAGAACUGGUGUUUUUAAUCGCUGGUGGGCAUUGAGAAUACCAUUAAAUUUGUCACCCCAACAUCUGCCCAUUAAGUUGGUAUGUAUCAUGUACAUAAUGAAGUCAAAAUAAAACUAAAAAUGAAUGGAUCCUGUUUCAGAGCUUUUCGUAAACUAUGUUCUGUAAACUGUCAUUUUACAGCAUUUAAGGAUUUGUUUAAUCUGUCUUAAGCAGGUUGUACUCAGCCCCUGUACACUAAAGUCUGAAUAUUACCUAGACUGAUGUGAUUUGACUUUGAGGUGUGGCUGUUUAGUAGAUAAUGGAUUCUCAGUUUUCCCACAUAAAUCAACAAGUCACAAAUGUCAUUCAAAUGUAGAUGUUUAUUCGGAUAGUUUAUGGAUCUAAAUGGGAAAAAUAACAGUGAAAUGAAUUUCAUACAUAAUAAAAUAGAUGCUUCUCCCAGUCUUUGGUUUUUUUUUUUACAAAACGAGGCUACAUUGCCUCUAUAGAAAAAUAAUUUAUGUGUAAAUCAAUCUCACAAGCUCAGUUACAUCCUUUUUUUUUUUUUUUUUUUUUU